AUGAAAAGCCUCCCAAUUUUGAUUCUAGUAUUGCUGGGCUCCAAAGUUGCUCCAAGAGAACUUUGCGACUCGGAUUCGGAUUCAGAUUCAGAAUCUCAAGCAGCUUUAGCUUCAGCUUCAUCUUCAGAAUCCUCAGAUGAAUCCACUGCAAGUUGUCCAGACACGUGGCAAGGCUUCCAACGGGGCCGCCGUCUUUGGUGCAUCAAAGUUAUGACAAGUCAGGCGGACAGAAAUCAGGCGCAAGCGGAAUGCGCAAAUCUCGGAGCCACGUUGACCGGAAUCAAUAGUGUGGCGGAAAAUCAAUAUUUGCAGAGUGAGUGUGUCUGCGUCUCUGACAGAUUCGAGGAUGUCUGGUGGUCUGGUGAUCUGACUACUCUGUGAUCUCUAGUUGUUUGGUUGUCUGGUGCUCUAGCCGUCUGCAUCUCUAACAGUCUUUAGGUGCCUAGGUUUUCAAGGUCUCUGCGUCUCUAACCUACACCGCUAUCUACUUAUCUCUAGCUGUCUAGCUUUCUCUAACCUAUAUGUGUUCUCUAGCUGUCUGACACUCUCUCUUACGUUUUUGUAUUCUCUAGUUGCCUAGCUCUCUGCGUCUCUAACUUUCAAGCUAUUCUCUAGUUUUGCUCUAACUGUCUGACACCCUUUACCUCCGAUGUGCUCUCUAGUUGUCUGGCUUUCUACUACUUCAAUGUUUUCUAACAUACUCUGCGUCUCUGCACUCUCUAACAUACUCUGCGUCUCUAGCUGUCUAGCAUCUCUAACCUCUCUAGCAUCCCUAUGCUCUCUGCGUCUCUAACCCUUCCUCUCUAGCUCUAUCCGCCUAGCUGUCUAGCAUCCAAUGCGUCUCUAGCCCUUCCCUCUACACUCUCUAGCUGUCUAGCACACUCUCUAACAUCUCUAGCUUCUCUAUGCUCUCUAUCACCUCUCACACUCUGUGUCUCUACACUCUCUAGCUGUCUAGUAUCUCUACAAUACUCUGCGUCUCUAACCCACACAAAAUUUUCCAGAACAAGGCGUCUCGAUCAUCAAAACACUCGGCCUUCAAGUCGGCACCCUCUGGGUGGGUCUCGCCCGCAAACCCGCCUGCAUUCCGCUCUCCGCCUCCACCAAUCUGCCCGAAUGUAAACUGAGCAACGGUUUCCACUGGACCGACGGCUACACAAAACGACAAGAAACUAUGACGUGGCGAAAAGGGGAGCCCGACAAUUUUAUAGGGCUCCAAAAUUGCUCAUACAUGCAUGUCGGUCUGAUCGCACAGUAUGGUUUUCAGCCGGGACAAUUGGCCGAUGCCGCGUGUACUGCCACGUGGAAUCCGCGAGCGUUGGAUGUGGAAUCGCCACGUGGAUUCGCUUGCGGAAUGUGGGCUAAUCAGGGUUAA